AUGACAAUCGAUGAAAUCGAAACGAAGGAAUUUCAGAUGCGUAAACUUGGCCGACAACACGAUGAUAAACUAAACAUCAUUCGAUCAAUGGCAACAAACAAUGGUUUUUCGAGUGAACAAUUUGUGAUUUCCGUCAAUCCAACAUUAACACCAAAUGCAGCUGAGAAUUCUGGCUCGAGCAUCGACCACAAGGGACAGUUCCAACAGAAACACUUCUUCAAAGCGAAGUUUCACAAGAAAGUAUGCACACAAAAAGCACCGACAAAGGAUGAAACCAUCCGAACAACGAAAUAUGUGUUGACACAUCAGAAUCUGGACGUACAAGGUGAAAUUGUCACUGACUUCGUCAAAGGUGAUGUUCUUCCAUCGAGUACUGGUGGUGUGAAUGUGAUAUUCAAGGAUGUUGAACGCCUGACAUACCCAUCACCACCAGAUCCAUUGGUGUUGCAUAAGCGAUGUCAAAGCGAAGAACGAGUUCUUCAAGAAGUCACGUCAACGAACACAUCCUCUCCUUCGUCUCGUCAGAGUCCAGCUACAGCACCCAAACGAUUUCGUAUGUGA